AUGUCCCUAUAUGCUGUCUGGGAAAUCGUAGACAUACAGGGGCAACAAACUCUCUCAUGUCUGCCUGGCGCACCCGGUUAGCGGAGUGCGCUGCAAUCAUUGCCAUCUUCGCUUUCGUUAGGAAGAACGCCGCGUCUCCGUUGCCACUCUCAUCUGCUGCCGCUUCUAGGACGCUGAAGUGAGGCGACAGCUCAGCAUAAGCAGGUGAAGCACGGCGCUCGGGCCCCGUGUUGUCAUCGCCACUGCCCUCCUCUUCGCCCUCCUCCUCGCCGCCUGUUGUCACGUGCAUUCCAGCCAGCAUCGCAUGCUGUGGAUGUUGUUGCGCUUCACGAAGUUCUUUGCCCAUUUUUCGCCGGCCUUGAAGUCCUUGACCCUCGCCCUUACUGCUGCAGAAGUUGCGGUGUCAGCCAGCAGGGUUGUCCUGGCGGAACGGCCGAAGCUUCGAAGGACAUCGCGUGUGACGGGCAUCUUGGCCUUCCGGGCUUUGGCGAGCAGAUAAAGAGCUAUCGCAUCCACCUGCCGCCAAGAAGCGAGUAAACAAGCAGAAGGUCUUAUCAUUAGUUUCGAACAUUAACAU